AUGAAAUUGUAUUCUGAAGAAAGUAUAGCCGAGACUUUAUCAGCACAAACAGAAGUAUUAUCUACAGGUGCCUUAGGUGUCAACUUCAAGAAAAACGAGAAAAACUACGAUGCAUCCAACAGUGCCGUGCUUCGUAUGCUCAAAGAAUCUGAGAAUGAUCCCAGCACGAAUGACGAAGAGCCGGAUUCGGGCGUUGUCACCGCCCCCAUAACCGGAGUGGCCGGUCUGAGACACGUGCAAGCCCCAGAGACACGCCCAACUGCGUCGAAUCCUCAGCUGCCUCCUGGCCAAAACAUCUGCGCAGACUGCGAGAGGCUCAUCGUCGGAGUUUUCGUGAGAAUCAAGGACAAAAACUUGCACGUUGAAUGCUUCAAGUGUUCAACUUGUGGAACAUCCCUCAAAAACGUUGGGUACUACAACAUCAACAACAAACUCUAUUGUGACAUUCACGCCAAAGCUGCUGCUAUCAAAAACAACCCCAACCCCAAUUUGACGCCCAUCACAGUACAGCCUGGUGGCAAGGUUCCUGCCCACGCUAUUUCUUCGGCUCUGUCAUCUCACUCUCUCCCUAGUCCGUCUCAACUGUCACCCAGAGCCAAUAACGUCGCUCCAUCUUAUCAGGCGCAGGAAUCUAACGAAAAUAUCGAUGUUGUACCAUCUUUGACGGACUUACCGAAGUCCAAUGUAGCAGAGGCUAACACUAACGGUAACAAUAAUACUUUGUAUGGUAGUCCUGCUCCUCUUCCCUUCAGCAAAUUUUUGAACAAGUCAUCCAAUAUUUCUGGACCUAGGCCAUUCUCAAGUGUGAGUGCUCCCACUCUUCAUAAAGCAGCGCCUUUGUCACCUGUUGCACCGCCAGCGCCAUCUUUCAACAACAACAACUAUAGCACUCCAGCUUAUAGCCCAGUAUCAUCAACAGAGCAUGUAAGUGAAGUAUGCCAUGCUAGCGAAAACGAAAACCUCGUAGAGCUGGACGAAAUCGGUCUGGAAUUCCCCAAAAAUCCUCCCCCUCCACCACCCGUCCCAAUCUACACGCAAAUCAACAUUUCCAUCCCCUAUCAAAGCCUUUCGCCCCAACUGGACUCCAAAGGGUCCAGCCCUAGAUCAGACUAUAGCUCUUAUAGCUCUUCCAGCGGUAAAACCGCACAACUCGGUGACUCUGCUAGAGAAAAAGUGCUUUCCGACAUCCGAAAUCUCACUCCCAAACUGAAAAAAGUCAGCGUGUCUGAUACGCAAAGUCCUAGAAUGAACUACAUAGUCAAUAACGCCAAAGUGUCCGUGUCCAACGGCAAUAGUAAUAAUAAGAAAGUCACUUCCGAGCUCCACAUUCCCAUCAGAGAUUUUCGUUCUUCGAUCCAUCUCAGUGCUGAGAACUUGUCCCUACCUGACAACCUCACCUAUUCCAAUCAGACCGUAGAGGAAAAAAAACCUCGUAGCGUCAACAGAAUUUUCAUUAACGGUGCUAGACAAGAAGAAAUUGACGAUGCGAAAAAUAACCCUAGCGAUGUGCCUGUUUGUUGCAAGUGUGACUCUGAAAUACCUAGAGGACCCUUCAUCACGGCUUUGGGGAAAAUAUGGUGCCCGAAUCAUUUUAUUUGUGCCACCCCGUCUUGCAAAAGGCCUCUCCAAGAUAUGGGAUUUGUUGAGGAGCGUGGCCAGUUGUACUGUGAGUACUGCUUCGAACAGUACCUAGCGCCACCUUGUUCCAAGUGCAAUGGCAAAAUCAAAGGGGACUGUUUGAAAGCCAUCGGCAAAAACUUCCAUCCGGAGUGCUUCAACUGCACCUACUGCGGCAAGCUGUUCGGCAACUCGCCGUUCUUCUUGGAGGACGGCAUGCCGUACUGCGAAAACGAUUGGAACGAGCUGUUCACCACCAAGUGCUUCGCAUGUGGGUUUCCCGUCGAAGCGGGCGAUCGCUGGGUAGAGGCUUUGAACAACAAUUAUCACAGUCAGUGCUUCAACUGCACGAUGUGCAAGAAGAAUUUGGAAGGACAAAGCUUCUUUGCCAAAGGCGGACGUCCAUUCUGCAAGAACCACGCUCGCUGAAAAUUGAGCUAUCCCACAAUCGUUACCAUAUUCUCGCUUGAAACGCAUAACUUUGUUAAUAUGCAAAUUUUGCUAGCUAAUUUUGAAUGUAAUGUUCUUUAUUUUCAUCGUCUCGUUGUCCACAUCUUAUCUAAUUUAAUAACAGUAGAAAAUAGGGUAAUGUGUAUUUUAUUUAUUUAUUUUAUGUAUAGCUAGAGCCAAAAAUAAGUCAUCUCACCUUGUAAAUUUUGUUCAUAGGUUUUGUGGAUGUUUUUAGAGUUGAAUAAUGGAAAGAAAUAUUUUAUGUGAAGUUAUAUCAUACCAAAUUAUUGUGAUUUGUGCCAUUGAAAGGAAUAUGAAAUAUUUGGAUUGUUUGCUUUCAGUAUAUCCUGUAUAAAUAAAUAUUUUAGUUGU